AUAUUCUCAUGAGAUGCUAUCAACAUUGGCUUUUCUAUAUGAAUUGUACAAGAAACGUAAUCUUCUUCUGUCUAGGCCGUUGACUUGAUCUAUAAAGCAGAUACCCCCAUAAUUUACCAGAAAUUUGCAACAAGAAGAAGAAGAAGUGUCAUUGAUUCAUAGGGUAUUGGAAACUUGGAAUUGAAUGGGUAGCUCCAACUCAAAGAAAGCUGGCCCAAGUGCCGAAGUACCAUCUGGGUUGGAACCUAGUCCGGCUGUUCUUGCUUCUAAAACUCCCUUUUCUGUGAGUGAGGUGGAGUCUUUGUAUGAGCUAUACAAGAAAUUAAGCAGCUCUGUAGUUAAAGAUGGGCUUAUACACAAGGAAGAGCUCCAGCUUGCGCUUUUUCAGAGCAGCAGUAAGCAGAACCUCUUUUUCGACAAGAUAUUUGAUCUUUUCGAUGUCAAUAAAAAUGAGCAUAUCGAGUUUGAAGAGUUUGUUCAUACAUUGAGUGUUUUCCACCCUAAAACUCCUGAUGAAGUCAAAAUUACAUAUGCUUUUAAAUUAUAUGAUUUGAGGCACACUGGUUACAUCGAGCGUGAGGAGUUGAAGGAGAUGGUGCUGGCUCUUCUGAACGAAUCUGAUCUCAUUCUUUCAGAUGAUAUUGUUGAAAUGAUUGUGAAUAAGACAUUCAUGGAAGCAGAUGGAAAAGCAGACGGUAGGAUUGAUGAAGAAGAGUGGAAGGAAUAUGUAGCUAAAAAUCCUUCUCUUCUGAAAAACAUGACUCUUCCAUACUUAAUGGACAUAUCUCUAGCAUUUCCCAGCUUUGUGCUGAAUACUCAAGCAACUAGACAUAAUUAAAGCCAGAAGUGUUCUCUGCAUGCAUGAAGAUAUAGAAUAUGGGGAAUCAUGCACAGGGGAAAAAAAUCCGGUGUCCUAUUGGUUACUUACCCGCAAUGCCUCUGGACUUUGCCUUCUUCGAGUGUCUGAAACCUGAUCGCUCGGGUGAUCUCUAAGUUCCCCAGCAUCCAUUUGUAGACAUUGAUCAUUUGAUCGACUGCUCGACAACUUCUAUAAGAGGAGCUGGGCACCAUGUAGAUGGAGCUAUGGAGGUUCUAAGUAGAUGUGUUCAGUCUCCUUAACUUCAUUGUCGAAGUUAUUGUAGACUUGUAAUUCACUGACUGGUAACUUGAAGCUUUAUAUUGUAUGAUCAAACCAACCAGGGAUGUUCUUAA